AUGUCAAAUAAGUAUAAUAAUGGUCAACAGAGUAUGAAGCAGUUAACAUCAGAAUAUAAAGUAAGCCAAAAUAGGAAACCAGACAAAAUCAAACAAAAUCUAAGCGGAAAGAUUCCAUGGAAUUCAAGUGUUAGAAUAAAUUCACGUCCGAGCGAAUUGAAAAGUCACAAACAUCUAAAGGUAAAGUUGAAUGCUCCUCUCAGUUCAUCAGGUAAGUCACACGGACCAGAACUGUCAGGAUUUUCUACAAAUAACACUCAAAAAUGCUCUUAUCUGGCUGACGGUAGAAAUAUAAUGACAGAAAAUAAUAAUAGCGAUAAUUCAUCCUCACAUUUGCCGGUUUCAUGGCACUUGAUCAAUCGGACAAAAAGUAAUGAGCGUAUGACUAAUGGAAGAAGUGACACUUGUACCUGCCAAUGUUAUAUUAGGUACAAUGACAUGUUAGAAAUAUAUGCAUGGUAUUUAAGAUUGCGUACAAUAAUGGAGCACCGUUUUUCGCCGCAACAACUACAUUCUAAUAAUGAAGUUUAUAUGCAUAGAACCGUUACUGAACAUCUGAAUCAGUUAGAAGCACUGCUGAAUAAAACUUUACCAGAUGAGCUGCGUCCUUCAACCUCGCCGAACUGUCCAAUAAUUUUCAGUCAACAAAAUUAUAGCACUAACGUACCACCACAGAGUAAGAUUAUUUCAAGUAAGCAAGUAGCCCCUACCAGCAUACUACGCAACCUUAUUGAAGGGAAUAUACACAGGAUAUAUCAACAGGAGAACUCUUGGGACACAUGCUGUGAAAACAACAACGUUGAUUUUUCAGCUGAUAAGUGUUGUUUUCUAACUUCUGAAGAAAGCAUGAAGGAGGAUAAGAAAGAUACACUGGAGGAGCAGUCUGGAGAAUACACUAACAAAAUCAGUUUUACUAAGGAGAGUGUAGAAAACUUUGAUCCGUUGAUUUAUGAAUCAGUGGGUACAAAAACAAGAAGUGUUAAAAAAAGUGUGAUUCAAACAGUAUCGAAAGCUUACCCUUCAUUUGACUGUCAAUGUCCAGCGAACUCAGAUAUUUUCGAGAAUAAUAAAACCAGUGAAGUAAACAGGUUGACUAGGAAUAGUGUGUCAUCAGAACAGAAGAAUUCAUAUAAAGAUGAUACACCAUCUGCAUGUUACACUACUAAUGAAUUUCCAUAUCCUAUAGACAGAGCUUUGACGGAAUACAUCAAGGCAAACUAUUUGAAUUUUUGCGCAUCAAGUGUUCCAGCAUCAGGCAAUCAACCAACCAGUGAAAAACUUGUUGAACUGAAACAACCAGAAUAUUCAAUAAUGUCCAGAAAAUCACCAUUGGAACGAAAUGUGACGACAGAGAUGAAGCAAUUAAAAAUUGGUGUCGUAUUCACAAAACUGUAUUCAAUACUGCAUGACAUGAACUACGAUACAGUAUAUACUAGUGUUCCAUGUGUGAUUAAUGCACUAGGUCUCGUUCAACAGAAUUACUAUUUUGAAGUGUCUAACAUUAUCAACAUCCGUUAUAUCAGGGAUAAUGACAUCUACGAAACAAAAACAGUAGUACAAUCAUUUUUAUCACAAAGUGAAGAUUUUGAACCUACUGUACUCGUGAAGGCAGUUCUCUUACGUAGAAGUCACAAUAGUAUUUAUACAGGACAACCAAUGCUAGAAAAUAUAACAGCAAAACCUGAAGGAGAUGUUAUGCCUAUUUCCAGUUGCAAUUCACCUUUACUAGAGAAGUCUGGAGAGGAAAGUCCGAUAAUAAAAGCGUCGAAAAUGCAUCUCACAGGUUCUAUAAGAUUUGAACCCUUCUUAUUGUUUACAAAAAUGCCUGAAACUAAUGAGAAGCAGAAUAAAACUGUAUUCAGUCAAGUGAGUACUCACAAGAAACACGGAGCUACCUAUCUAUUGUGGGGGUUAGCAGAUCAAGGUAGCAACUUGAAGAACUCAUAA